AUGAGAAUUUUAAGUGAAGAAGAAACAUACAGUAGAGUCACAAUAAAUGAGGUCAACAGAGCCUACCACAAAAUUGAUCUAUAUCUACAUGAUGCCUUGUACCAAGGGACUAUUAAUGAGAUAGAAUUUGAUUAUCUUUCGGUGAAAUAUCCUAAGAUGGCUAGGUUUUUUGGGAUACCCAAGGUACACAAAGGAACGGAGCAUUUACAAUUCCGGCCAAUAGUUUCGGCUAAAGGGUCUAAAACCGAACCUUUGGCGGCUUAUGUGGACAAACAGUGUAAGAAAGCACUAAUUGACGCAGGUCAUAUUCUUAAAGAUUUCUGGCACUGCCUUGAAAGGUUAAGGGAUGUGGAGUUUGUGGACAAGGAUUAUCUUAGUUUUUUGACAAUUGAUGUCAUUAAUUUAUUUUCAGUGAUUCCACACCAACAAGGCAUUGAUCUAUUUUAUGAUAGUUUGUUGACUAGUCCGAGUUUUGAUGAAGGAAAACUGGAGUUAUGUUACGACUUGAUGGAAUUAAUACUAAAAAACAACUAUAUUUCAUUUGAAGGAGAAAUAUAUCAACAACUAACAGGUGUAGCAAUGGGGGCACGGUGUGCCCCUGUUUUUGCUAAUUUAGUGUUAUUAGCAUGGGAAAAAGAACAUAUUUUUGGAUCCAGAUACUAUAGUAACAUUAUUUUGUACAACAGAUUUCUGGAUGACUUGCUAAUAGUUUGGAAAGGUGAUGAACAAAGUGCUAUAGACUUUGUUUCAUACCUUAACGAGACAUCUAAUUUUCUUAAAUUUACCUACAAGUGGGAUAAUGAUAUAGCUAAUUACUUGGACAUUAAAAUUUUGAAAAAUGGAACUGAGUUCACUAGCACCAUAUAUAGGAAACCGAGUUAUGCCAACUCGAUGUUACAUUUUGCAAGUUGUCACCCGAUGCAUCAAAGGAGAGGUGAGUUUGGUGAUAAUGCUGGAGCAAGUCCUGAAGGCAACAUCAAGGUCAAGUUAUAUGAUAUUAUUAUUAUUACUGCUGAUGAUAUUAUUAUUACUGCUGAUGAUAUUAUUACUGCUGAUGAUAUUAUUAUUACUGAUGAUAUUAUUACUGCUAAUGAUAUUAAUAUUACUGCUGAUGAUAUUAUUACUGAUAUUAUUAUUAUUACUGCUAAUGAUAUUAUUAUUACUGCUGAUGAUAUUAUUCUUACUGCUAAUAUUAUUGUUACUGCUGAUAUUAUUAUCGCUGCUAAUGGUAUUAUUAUUACUGCUGAUGAUAUUAUUCUUACUGCUAAUAUUAUUGUUACUGCUGAUAUUAUUAUCGCUGCUAAUGCAAGGCUUCCAAACCACACUAGCUCUGUCUGCAGUACCUGGGGUAAUAACCAUUAUAAAACAUUUGAUGGAGAUAUCUUCCAGUUCCAUGGGACCUGCUACUAUAAUUUUGCUUCAGACUGUGCUGAAACUUAUGAACAAUUUGCAGUACAUUUUCAGCGUAAACUUGUUAAUGGACAUCCUAAAAUUGAAUAUGUGACAGCAAAACUCCAGGAUACAGUUAUCUUAUUAACCCCAUUUCUUGUAACUGUUAAUGGAGAAAUAAUUUCAGCACCCUACUUUGGUGCGGGGUUAGUAAUUGAAAAGAAUGCUGCCUAUGUAAAGAUCUUUGCACAGGUUGGCUUUGCCCUAAUCUGGAACACUGAAGAUGCAUUAAUGCUGGAGCUAGACGACAAAUUUAGGAACAAAACCUGCGGUCUCUGUGGUGACUAUAAUGGCAGCCCUGUACUCAAUGAAUUUAUUCAUGAAGGCAUGGAACUUACUGUGAACCAGUAUGGAAAUCUACAGAAGAUCCAUAAACCCAACACUGAUUGCCAGGAUGUUGAAGAGUUCGAUCUGGAAUUGUCACCAAAACCAGACUGCAAUGUGCACAGGCGUGUCUGUGAAACACUGCUGAAAUCCCGUAUAUUUGAUGACUGCACUUCUAGACUUAAUAUUGAAAACUACCUCCAGGCCUGUAUGCAGGAUGUGUGUACUUGCUUAAAUUCAACAGACUCAUUCUGCUUAUGCAGUACCAUCACUGAAUAUUCAAGGCAGUGCUCUCAUGCGGGCGGCAGACCAGGAAACUGGAGGACAGACAACUUUUGUGGUAAAAAAUGCCCACUAAAUCUGGUCUAUGAAGAAAGUCAUUCACCAUGUAUGGACACAUGCACACACCUUGACACAAGUACACUGUGUGAGGAGCAUUUCAUGGAUGGAUGCUACUGUCCUGAAGGUACAGUCGUUGAUGACAUCUCUAACAGUGGAUGCAUUCCAGUUGAGCAUUGCCAGUGCACACUUCAUGGAAAAAAGUAUAACCCUGGGGAAAGGAGAACAAGUGAAUGUGAAGAGUGCAUAUGUGAUUCUGGCAAAUGGAUGUGCAAGAACCUUCCCUGCCCUGGGUUAUGUUCUUUGGAAGGAGGAGCCCAUAUUUCAACUUUUGAUGGCAAAAUAUACACCUUUCAUGGAGGAUGUUUCUAUGUUCUCAGUAAAGACUGUGAAUAUGGUUACUACACUUUGCUUGCUGAAAUGGUACCCUGUGAGAGCCUAGAAAGAGACACUUGUCUAAAGUCACUGGUGUUAAAAUCCUCAAAAAAUGAGCAGACAAUGACCUUUUCAGCUAAUGGGUAUGUACUUCUGAAUGGAGGUCGUAUCUCUCUGCCUUACAGCACAGUGAAUUUCACCAUUUUUCAGCCUUCAUCCUUGCACAUAAUUCUACAAGCUGCCUUUGGACUGCAACUUCACAUUCAACUGGUUCCUGUUAUGCAGGUCUACAUAACUCUGGAUAAGAUUUUCCAAGGAAAAACAUGUGGUCUCUGUGGCAACUUCAACUCUAUGCAGAGUGAUGACUUCAGAACUCGCAAUGGUUUGGUGGAAGGCACAGCGGCAUCAUUUGCCAACACUUGGAAGUCUCAAUCCAGCUGUUUGGAUAAGCCAGACUGGUUGGGGGAUCCCUGCUCCCUAAGUAUUGAAAAUGAGAAUUAUGCUGAGCAUUGGUGUUCCCUUCUUAGGAGGUCAAAUGGCAUUUUUUCAAGCUGCCAUUCAACUGUAAAUCCUACAGACUAUUACAAGAGGUGCAAAUACGAUGCUUGCCUUUGUGAAAAAAAUGAAGACUGCAUGUGUGCCACUCUCUCCUCCUAUGUGCGAGCCUGUGCGGCUAAAGGAAUCAUCAUAAAAGACUGGAGAGCAACUGUUUGUAGUAAAUACAUGGAUAGCUGCCCAUCGUCCCAAGAAUUUGUCUAUGAUAUUAAGGGCUGCCCACAGACAUGCCAGUCACUGAAUGAAAAAGAUACUUCUUGUAUGGUCGACUAUGUUCCAGUGGAUGGCUGCAGUUGUGUCAACAAUACCUAUCUGAAUGAUAAAGGUCAAUGUGUUCCACUGUCAAUGUGUCCAUGCUCUUACAGAGGAAGCCUGCUGAAACCAGGGGCAAUGAUUCAUGAGCAAAAUGACAAAUGCAUCUGCCAUAAUGGUCAAAUCCAAUGUAUGUCAUCAACACGAGAAACAAGAGCAUGUGGCCCUGGAAAGCUUUAUUUCAACUGCAACAAUGCAACCAGUGGGGCUACAGGGAUUGACUGCAGGCCGACAUGCCGAAAUCUUGGAAUGGAGUGUUACAGUCUACAGUGCACUUCUGGGUGUAUCUGUGAAGACGGACUUGUGGAACUUGACAAUGGAAGCUGUGUCCCUGUUGACUCUUGCCCAUGCUAUCACUAUGAUCAACCCUAUGAACAUUCAAGCACAAUACCUGUGGAAUGCAAUACCUGUACCUGUGAAAGAGGGAGUUGGCUUUGCACUAAUAACUCUUGCUUUGGGAUGUGUACCAUCUACGGAAAUGGUCAUUAUAUUACCUUUGAUGAGAAACGCUACGUCUUUGAUGGAAGCUGUGAAUAUGUGGCCGUACAAGAUGGAUGUGGAAGCAGUGUUUGGAAUGGAACAUUCAGGAUUUUAACAGAAAAUAUGCCGUGUGGCAAAACAGGAACAAUGUGUUCAAAAGCCAUCAGGAUUAUAUUGGGGGAAGCUGAGCUUCUGUUGUCAGAGAGAAAUCUUGAAGUUAUUAAGAAAAGCAGUAAAAUGAAAUUAAAUAGUCGUACAGUUGGUAUUUAUUUGUUAAUAGAAGUGGGUUGCGAUAUGAUUCUACUUUGGGACAAGAGAAAUACUAUCAAAAUCAAACUAAAUCCUAGCUACGAGGGAAAGGUUUGUGGCCUUUGUGGUAAUUAUGAUGGGAAUGCCAUGAACGAUUUCACCACCAGCAGUAAUUCACUAGUUACCUCUCCCUAUGAAUUUGGAAACAGCUGGAAGACCUUUAAUGAGUGCCCGGAUGCAUCAGAUGAAACCGACCUAUGUCAUUUGAACCCUUAUCUUCAUGCGUGUGCUCAGAUGAAGUGUAGCAUUAUUAAAAGUGAUACGUUUAAAGACUGUCAUGCUAAGGUUGAUCCAACACCAUUUUAUGAAGCCUGUGUUCGAGACACAUGUGUAUGUGACACUGCAGGAGACUGUCAGUCUUUCUGUACAGCUGUGGCUGCCUAUGCUGCUGUUUGUAUUCAUACUGGAACCUGUGUGUAUUGGAGAACUCCAGAAAUCUGUCCUAUGUUUUGCGAUUACUACAAUGAUUACAAAGACUGUACCUGGCACUAUAAGGCAUGUGGACAUCCCGAGUACCGAACUUGCUUCAACACAACAACAUGUGAGAAUACAUCACUCCCAAUGGUGGAAGGCUGCUUUCCUGAGUGCUCUGCAGACAGGCCAAUUUAUGAUGAAAUGAGUGGAAAAUGUGUGGCAGAAGAAGAUUGUGGCUGUGAAAUCGAUGGUGUUUAUUACCCUGUUAAUGCAACAGUUCCAACAGAUAUAAACUGUACAACAUGUAUUUGCUCAGGAGCUAAUCAAAAAUACUGCUUUAAUGAUGCCUCAGCGUGUCACUGUUAUUACAAUGGAACCAUAUAUGGAGUUAAUGAUGUCAUCUACAAUGUUACGGAUGGACUUGGAUGGUGUUUCUAUGCAAUAUGUAAAGAAAAUGGCACAAUAAUUCGAACAGCGGAACCUUGUGGAGCUACAAUUGCCCCAUCUCCUACCUACACUGUUACAACUACACAAUCAAUGUCUCCAACGACAACUGAAAAACUGACAUCAUAUCCAUCCUCAACAGUUACACCCUCUGAGUCUCCAUCAACAACUACAAUCAGUCCAAGCUCAACAACUACAACAGCUGAAUGCCAUAUAUUAGUGUGUGGAUGGAGUCACUGGAAUAGUACCUACAAUGCCACAUUUGGCCCUGAAGGUGGUGAUUUUGAACUCUUGGAAAAUCACACUGAAGUCUGUAAAAACCCAGUUGAUAUUGAGUGUAGAGCUAAAAAGGCACCAGAUAUCAGCAUUGAAGAUUUAGGCCAAAAUGUGAUAUGUAAUAAAUCUGUAGGACUUAUCUGCAAAAAUAGUGAACAGACAAUGAUUCCAGUUUGUUAUGACUAUGAGAUACGUGUAAAUUGCUGCUAUGCCUUACCGUGUACACCAAAUGAUACAACAACACCACCAGGAUCAGUAUCCACAACAGUGCCAUCAACAACACAUUCAACAACUCUGUCCCCAAGUGUUUCAGGGUCUACUCAUCCUACAGCUACUGCAUCAUUAAGCACAAUAUCAUCCACCUUUACAUCACUGCUGUCAACAUCUACAUUUCCUACCAUAAGUGUUUCAAGGUCUACUCAUCCUACAGCUACUACAUCAUUAAGCACAAUAUCAUCCACCUUUACAUCACUGCUGUCAACAUCUACAUUUCCUCCCAUAGUAACAGCUCAUCCAACUGCCACACUAAUAACACUUACAGCACAACAACAGGAAAAGCAAACUACUCCAAAAGUGACAACUUUAACCACUACGUAUUUUACAGAAACUGAGAUAAGUCAGUCAAGUUCAAGAAAAACAGCCUCAACUACCAAAAAUCCAACUACAAUCUCUUCUGUUACAUCUCUUCCUAUUACAAGUCAUGAACCAACCACUCAUUCCAUUACUACAGCCACAUAUACACCUACAGAACUUCAAAGAACAACUGCUAUUACCUUGUCAACUUUGAGUUCAGCCACUAGUACAGGUGUAGAAACUACACUGACAAAUGUGCCAACAACAGUGAAAAGCACAAUGUCCUCCACCUUGACACCAACCCCCUCUGCUUCUCCAUCAUCUACCACAUGUACAACUGAAGAAACAGCUGUAACUAGUAUACUGACAGUUUCAAGCACAACAACAUCACCAACUCCAGUGACAUCAACCACAUUCUCUCCAACUACAAAAUUUACCACAUCAUCAGCAAUUCCAACUACAUCACCUACAGAAACAAAACGAUCAACUUCAGUCUUAACAACAAGCACUCCUACAUCAUUUCCAGGUACCAGUACUUACACUACAACUUCAGUUGCACCAACAACAGCACAAAGUACACCACCUUCUACUUUGACAUCAACACCUGCUUCCACUCCUUCAACGACCUGUACAACUGAAGAAACAACUGAAACAUCAACAUUGAAAGUUUCCAGCACAACUCCAACUCCAGCAACAUUGUCAACAACCAUAUCCUUCUCUUCCACAACUACAAAACCAACCACUUCAGCUACUCCAAGAACUACUCCUACAGAAUCUUUUACAACUGUAAUUCCCAGCUCUACUUCAAGUUCAACCACCACAAGUACAACUGAAGAAACUACUGUUCAAACUUCAAUACCUGAAAGUAGUACUUUAUCUUCUACCAUGACUCUCACUCCGGGCACUUCUCACUCAACUACAGCUUCUUCAACUGAAGUGACAACUAUUACAGCCACACCGACAGUUUCCAGCACUUUACAUCCAACAACAUAUUCUACAUCUACUCAUAAAACAUUUACAACACCUGCAAUUGUUCCAACCACAACAAAAGAAGAAACAGAAUCCACCUCAGUCUUCAUAUCAACAAGUACACAAACACCAGUGUUCACAUCUCAGAGUUCAUCACUGAGUAGCACAACAGUGACAGAAAGAAGCACACAGUCAUCUACAACAAAAUUCACCAGUGUUACCUCACUAUCAACAACACCGUGUACAACAGAAGAGACUACUGAGACAAUUUCAAGCACCACUACAACUUUAUCACCCACACAAUCAUCAACCACAUCAUCUACUCUCACAUCUACAAAACCUACCACACCUUCUGUUAAACCAAGUACAUCAGUUACUGUUACAGAGCUCCAUACUCUAACUGCAACUACUGCUUCUACUGGAAACACAACAAGCAUAACUAAAGAAACAAGUCUCAUAACAUCAUCUGAAAGAACCACAUUGUCCUCUACUGUGACCACCACAGUUUCUUUGUCACCCUCAACAACCACAGUUUCAACUACAACAUCUACUUUGGUGCCCUCAACCACUUUCACUCAUAUAUCUACAGAAUUUACCACACCAACAGUUAGCCCAUCUUCAACAAUCACACCAAUAUUAUCAACAGAAUCCACGCCACUUCCAACAACAUUCACACCAACACCAGGUAGUACUACCAUAUUUCAGAGUACAACCUCAACCAGUAAAUCUGCAACCACAACAACAGAAACUACAAGUUCUCCAACAAGUGGAAAGAGUACACUUUCAACUACAUUGACACCGAGUGUUGAGACUACACAGUCAUCUACCAUAAAAUCCAGUAGCAUUACCUUACCAUCAACAACACCAUGCACAACAGAAGAGACUCCUGAGACAACAACCGUUUCAAGCACAACUACAACUCAAUCAACCACAUCAUCUUCUGUCACAACUACAAAAUAUACCACAUUUAGUGCUACUCCUAGCACAUCAGUUACUGCUACGGAGUCCCAACCUGUUACUACAACCUCUGCUUCUACAACUCCAAAAACUAGUGUCACAACAUCAUCUGAAAUAACCACCUUGUCUUCUACUGUGACCUCCACUGUUUCUUUGUCACCAUCAACAACAGUUUCAAGUACAGCUACAACAUCAACAUCGGUGCCCUCAACCACUUCCCCUCAUGCAACUACAGAAUUUACAACACAGACUGUUAUUCCAUCUUCAACAAUCACACCAAUACUAACAAUAGAAUCCACUCUACUUCCAACAAGUACACCAACUCCAGGUGCUACUACCACGUUCCAGAGUACAACCUCAACCAGUACACCUGCAACAACAACAGAAACUACAAGUUCUCCAACAACUGAAAAGAGUACGCUUUCAACUGCACUGACACCGACUGUUGAGACUACACAGUCAUCUACCAUAAAAUCCAGUAGUAUUACCUUACCAUCAACAACACCAUGUACAACAGAAGAGACUUCUGAGACAACAACUGCUUCAAUCACAGCUACAACUCUAUCAACCACAUCAUCUUCUGUCACAACAACUAAAUCUACAACAUCUACUUCUACUCCUAGCACAUCAGUUACUGUUACGGAGUCCCAACCUGUUACUACAACCUCUGCUUCUACUGGAAGUACUACUCCUAUUACAACUCAAAAAACUAGUUUCACAACAUCAUCUGAAAUAACCACCUUGUCCUCUACUGUGACUUCCACUGUUACUUUGUCACCAUCAACAACAACAGUUUCAAGUACAGCUACAACAUCAACAUUUGUGCCCUCAACCACUUCCUCUCAUGCAACUACAGAAUUUACAACACAGACUGUUAUUCCAUCUUCAACAAUCACACCAGUACAAACAACAGAAUCCACUACAUUUCCAACAACAAGUACAUCAACUCCAGCUGCUACUACCAUGUUCCAGAGCACAACCUCAACCAGUACACCUGCAGAAACAAUGACAGAAACUACAAGUUCUCCAACAACUGAAAAGAGUACGCCUUCAACUACAUUGACACCGAGUGUUGAGACUCCACAGUCAUCUACCAUGAAAUCCAGUAGUAUUACCUUACCAUCAACAACACCAUGUACAACAGAAGAGACUUCUGAGACAACAACCGUUUCAAGCACAACUACAACUCUAUCAACCACAACAUCUUCUGUCACAACAACUAAAUCUGCAACAUUUACUGCUACUCCUAGCACAUCAGUUACUGUUACGGAGUCCCAACCUGUUACUACAACCUCUGCUUCUACUGGAAGUACUACUACAAUUACAACUGAAAAAACUAGUUUCACAACAUCAUCUGAAAUAACCACCUUGUCCUCUACUGUGACCUCCACUGUUUCUUUGUCACCAUCAACAACAACAGUUUUAAGUACAGCUACAACAUCAACAUUGGUGCCCUCAACCACGUCCUCUCAUGCAACUACAGAAUUUACAACACAGACUGUUAUUCCAUCUUCAACAAUCACACCAAUACUAACAACAGAAUCCACUCCAGUUCCAACAAGUACACCAACUCCAGGUGCUACUACCAUAUUCCAGAGCACAACCUCAACCAGUACACCUGCAACAACAGCAGAAACUACAAGUUCUCCAACAACUGAAAAGAGUACGCCUUCAACUACAUUGACACCGAGUGUUGAGACUACACAGUCAUCUACCAUGAAAUCCAGUAGUAUUACCUUACCAUCAACAACACCAUGUACAACAGAAGAGACUCCUGAGACAACAACCAUUUCAAGCACAACUACAACUGUUUCAACCACAGCAUCUUUUGUCACAACAACUAAAUCUACAACAUUUACUGCUACUCCUAGCACAUCAGUUACUGUUACGGAGUCUCAACCUGUUACUACAACCUCUACUGCUCCUGGAAGUACUACUCCAAUUACAACUCAAGAAACUAGUGUUACAACAUCAUCUGAAACAACCACCUUCUCCUCUACUGUGACCUCCACUGUUUCUUUGUCACCAUCAACAACAACAGUUUUAAGUACAGCUACAACAUCAUCAGUGCCCUCAACCACUUCCCCUCAUGUAACUACAGAAUUUACAACACAGACUGUUAUUCCAUCUUCAACAAUCACACCAAUACUAACAACAGAAUCCACUCCAGUUCCAACAAGUACACCAACUCCAGGUGCUACUACCACGUUCCAAAGCACAACCUCAACCAGUACACCUGCAGCAACAACAACAGAAACUGCAAGUUCUCCAACAACUGAAAAGAGUACACCUUCAACUACAUUGACACCGAGUGUUGAGAGUACACAUUCAUCUACCAUAAAAUCCAGUAGUAUUGCCUUACCAUCAACAACACCAUGUACAACAGAAGAGACUUCUGAGACAACAACCAUUUCGAGCACAACGACAACACUAUCAACCACAACAUCUUCUGUCACAACAACUAAAUCUACAACAUUUACUGUCACUUCUAGCACAUCGGUUACUGUUACGGAGUCCCAGCCUGUUACUACAGCCUCUGCUUCUACUGGAAGUACUACUCCAAUUACAACUGAAAAAACUAGUUUCACAACAUCAUCUCAAAUAACCACCUUGUCCUCUACUGUGACUUCCACUGUUUCUUUGUCACCAUCAACAACAACAGUUUCAAGUACAGCUACAACAUCAACUUCGGUGCCCACAACCACUUCCCCUCAUGUAACUACAGAAUUUACAACACAGACUGUUAUUCCAUCUUCAACAAUCACACCAGUGCAAACAACAGAAUCCACUACACUUCCAAGAACAAGUACACCAACUCCAGGUGCUACUACCACAUUGCAGAGCACAACGUCAACCAGUACACCUGCAACAACAACAACAGAAACUACAAGUUCAACAACUGAAAAGAGUACGCCUUCAACUACAUUGACACCAAGUGUUGAGACUACACAGUCAUCUACCAUAAAAUCCAGUAGUAUUACCUUACCAUCAACAACACCAUGUACAACAGAAGAGACUCCUGAGACAACAACCGUUUCAAGCACAAGUACAACUGUUUCAACCACAACAUCGUCUGUCACAACAACUAAAUCUACAACAUUUACUACUACUCCUACUACAACAUCAACUUCGGUGCCCUCAUCCACUUCCCCUCAUGUAACUACAGAAUUUACAACACAGACUGUUAUUCCAUCUUCAACAAUCACACCAGUGCAAACAACAGAAUCCACUACACUUCCAAGAACAAGUACACAAACUCCAGGUGCUACUACCACAUUCCCGAGCACAACCUCAACCAGUACACCUGCAACAACAACAACAGAAACUACAAGUUCUCCAACAACUGAAAAGAGUACGCCUUCAACUACAUUGACACCGAGUGUUGAGACUACACAGUCAUCUACCAUAAAAUCCAGUAGUAUUACCUUACCAUCAACAACACCAUGUACAACAGAAGAGACUGCUGAGACAACAACCGUUUCAAGCACAACUACAACUGUUUCAACCACAGCAUCUUCUGUCACAACAACUAAAUCUACAGCAUUUACUGCUACUCCUAGCACAUCAGUUACUGUUACGGAGUCUCAACCUGUUACUACAACCUCUACUUCUACUGAAAGUACUACUCCAAUUACAAUGCAAGAAACUAGUGUUACAACACCAUCUGAAACAACCACCUUGUCCUCUACUGUGACCUCCACUGUUUCUUUGUCACCAUCAACAACAACAGUUUUAAGUACAGCUGCAACAUCAGCAUCGGUGCCCUCAACCAGUUCCCCUCAUGCAACUACAGAAUUUACAACACAGACUGUUAUUCCAUCUUCAACAAUCACACCAAUACUAACAACAGAAUCCACUCCAGUUCCAACAAGUACACCAACUCCAGGUGCUACUACCACGUUCCAAAGCACAACCUCAACCAGUACACCUGCAGCAACAACAACAGAAACUGCAAGUUCUCCAACAACUGAAAAGAGUACACCUUCAACUACAUUGACACCGAGUGUUGAGAGUACACAUUCAUCUACCAUAAAAUCCAGUAGUAUUGCCUUACCAUCAACAACACCAUGUACAACAGAAGAGACUUCUGAGACAACAACCAUUUCGAGCACAACGACAACACUAUCAACCACAACAUCUUCUGUCACAACAACUAAAUCUACAACAUUUACUGGCACUUCUAGCACAUCAGUUACUGUUACGGAGUCCCAGCCUGUUCCUACAACCUCUGCUUCUACUGGAAGUACUACUCCAAUUACAACUGAAAAAACUAGUUUCACAACAUCAUCUCAAAUAACCACCUUGUCCUCUACUGUGACCUCCACUGUUUCUUUGUCACCAUCAACAACAACAGUUUCAAGUACAGCUACAACAUCAACUUCGGUGCCCACAACCACUUCCCCUCAUGUAACUACAGAAUUUACAACACAGACUGUUAUUCCAUCUUCAACAAUCACACCAGUGCAAACAACAGAAUCCACUACACUUCCAAGAACAAGUACACCAACUCCAGGUGCUACUACCACAUUGCAGAGCACAACUUCAACCAGUACACCUGCAACAACAACAGAAACUACAAGUUCAACAACUGAAAAGAGUACACCUUCAACUACAUUGACACCGAGUGUUGAGACUACACAGUCAUCUACCAUAAAAUCCAGUAGUAUUACCUUACCAUCAACAACACCAUGUACAACAGAAGAGACUCCUGAGACAACAACCGUUUCAAGCACAAGUACAACUGUUUCAACCACAACAUCUUCUGUCACAACAACUAAAUCUACAACAUUUACUACUACUCCUAGCACAUCAGUUACUGUUACGGAGUCUCAACCUGUUAUUACAACCACUACUUCUACUGGAAGUACUACUCCAAUUACAACUCAAGAAACUAGUGUUACAACAUCAUCUGAAACAACCACCUUGUCCUCUACUGUGACACCGACUGUUUCUUUGUCACCAUCAACAACAACAACAACAACCAUUUCAAGCACAACUACAACUCUAUCAACCACAACAUCUUCUGUCACAACAACUAAAUCUACAACAUUUACUGCUACUCCUAGCACAUCAGUUACUGUUACAGAGUCCCAACCUGUUACUACAACCUCUGCUUCUACUGGAAGUACUACUCCAAUUACAACUGAAAAAACUAGUUUCACAACAUCAUCUGAAAUAACCACCUUGUCCUCUACUGUGACCUCCACUGUUUCUUUGUCACCAUCAACAACAACAGUUUCAAGUACAGCUACAACAUCAACUUCGGUGCCCUCAUCCACUUCCCCUCAUGUAACUACAGAAUUUACAACACAGACUGUUAUUCCAUCUUCAACAAUCACACCAGUGCAAACAACAGAAUCCACUACACUUCCAAGAACAAGUACACCAACUCCAGGUGCUACUACCACAUUCCAGAGCACAACCUCAACCAGUACACCUGCAACAACAACAACAGAAACUACAAGUUCUCCAACAACUGAAAAGAGUACGCCUUCAACUACAUUGACACCGAGUGUUGAGACUACACAGUCAUCUACCAUAAAAUCCAGUAGUAUUACCUUACCAUCAACAACACCAUGUACAACAGAAGAGACUCCUGAGACAACAACCAUUUCAAGCACAAGUACAACUGUUUCAACCACAACAUCUUCUGUCACAACAACUAAAUCUACAACAUUUACUGCUACUCCUAGCACAUCAGUUACUCUUACGGAGUCCCAACCUGUUACUACAACCUCUACUUCUACUGGAAGUACUACUCCAAUUACAACGCAAGAAACUAGUGUUACAACAUCAUCUGAAACAACCACCUUGUCCUCUACUGUGACCUCCACUGUUUCUUUGUCACAAUCAACAACAACAGUUUUAAGUACAGCUGCAACAUCAACAUCGGUGCCCUCAACCAGUUCCUCUCAGGCAACUACAGAAUUUACAACACAGACUGUUAUUCCAUCUUCAACAAUCACACCAAUACUAACAACAGAAUCCACUCCAGUUCCAACAAGUACACCAACUCCAGGUGCUACUACCACGUUCCAAAGCACAACCUCAACCAGUACACCUGCAGCAACAACAAUAGAAACUGCAAGUUUUCCAACAACUGAAAAGAGUACACCUUCAACUACAUUGACACCGAGUGUUGAGAGUACACAUUCAUCUACCAUAAAAUCCAGUAGUAUUGCCUUACCAUCAACAACACCAUGUACAACAGAAGAGACUUCUGAGACAACAACCAUUUCAAGCACAACAACAACACUAUCAACAACCACAACAUCUUCUGUCACAACAACUAAAUCUACAACAUUUACUGUCACUUCUAGCACAUCAGUUACUGUUACGGAGUCCCAGCCUGUUACUACAACCUUUGCUUCUACUGGAAGUACUACUCCAAUUACAACUGAAAAAACUAGUUUCACAACAUCAUCUCAAAUAACUACCUUGUCCUCUACUGUGACCUCCACUGUUUCUUUGUCACCAUCAACAACAACAGUUUCAAGUACAGCUACAACAUCAACUUCGGUGCCCACAACCACUUCCCCUCAUGUAACUACAGAAUUUACAACACAGACUGUUAUUCCAUCUUCAACAAUCACACCAGUGCAAACAACAGAAUCCACUACACUUCCAAGAACAAGUACACCAACUCCAGGUGCUACUACCACAUUCCAGAGCACAACUUCAACCAGUACACCUGCAACAACAACAGAAACUACAAGUUCAACAACUGAAAAGAGUACGCCUUCAACUACAUUGACACCGAGUGUUGAGACUACACAGUCAUCUACCAUAAAAUCCAGUAGUAUUACCUUACCAUCAACAACACCAUGUACAACAGAAGAGACUCCUGAGACAACAACCGUUUCAAGCACAAGUACAACUGUUUCAACCACAACAUCUUCUGUCACAACAACUAAAUCUACAACAUUUACUACUACUCCUACUACAACAUCAACUUCGGUGCCCACAACCACUUCCCCUCAUGUAACUACAGAAUUUAUAACACAGACUGUUAUUCCAUCUUCAACAAUCACACCAGUGCAAACAACAGAAUCCACUACACUUCCAAGAACAAGUACACCAACUCCAGGUGCUACUACCACAUUCCAGAGCACAACUUCAACCAGUACACCUGCAACAACAACAACAGAAACUACAAGUUCAACAACUGAAAAGAAAGAGACUCCUGAGACAACAACCAUUUCAAGCACAAGUACAACUGUUUCAACCACAACAUCUUCUGUCACAACAACUAAAUCUACAACAUUUACUACUACUCCUAGCACAUCAGUUACUGUUACGGAGUCUCAACCUGUUAUUACAACCACUACUUCUACUGGAAGUACUACUCCAAUUACAACUCAAGAAACUAGUGUUACAACAUCAUCUGAAACAACCACCUUGUCCUCUACUGUGACGUCGACUGUUUCUUUGUCACCAUCAACAACAACAGUUUUAAGUACAGCUGCAACAUCUACAUCGGUGCCCUCAACCACUUCCCCUCAUGCAACUACAGAAUUUACAACACAGACUGUUAUUCCAUCUUCAACAAUCACACCAAUACUAACUACAGAAUCCACUACAGUUCCAACAAGUACAUCAACUCCAGGUGCUACUACCACAUUUCAGAGCACAACCUCAACCAGUACACCUGCAGCAACAACAACAGAAACUACAAGUUCUCCAACAACUGAAAAGAGUACGCCUUCAACUACAUUGACACCGAGUGUUGAGAGUACACAGUCAUCUACCAUAAAAUCCAGUAGUAUUACCUUACCAUCAACAACACCAUGUACAACAGAAGAGACUUCUGAGACAACAACCGUUUCAAGCACAACUACAACUCUAUCAACCACAACAUCUUUUGUCGCAACAACUAAAUCUAUAACAUUUACUGCUACUCCUAGCACAUCAGUUACUGUUACAGAGUCCCAACCUGUUACUACAACCUCUGCUUCUACUGGAAGUACUACUCCAAUUACAACUGAAAAAACUAGUUUCACAACAUCAUCUCAAAUAACCACCUUGUCCUCUACUGUGACCUCCACUGUUUCUUUGUCACCAUCAACAACAACAGUUUCAAGUACAGCUACAACAUCAACUUCGGUGCCCACAACCACUUCCCCUCAUGUAACUACAGAAUUUACAACACAGACUGUUAUUCCAUCUUCAACAAUCACACCAGUGCAAACAACAGAAUCCACUACACUUCCAAGAACAAGUACACCAACUCCAGGUGCUACUACCACAUUGCAGAGCACAACUUCAACCAGUACACCUGCAACAACAACAACAGAAACUACAAGUUCAACAACUGAAAAGAGUACGCCUUCAACUACAUUGACACCGAGUGUUGAGACUACACAGUCAUCUACCAUAAAAUCCAGUAGUAUUACCUUACCAUCAACAACACCAUGUACAACAGAAGAGACUCCUGAGACAACAACCGUUUCAAGCACAAGUACAACUGUUUCAACCACAACAUCUUCUGUCACAACAACUAAAUCUACAACAUUUACUACUACUCCUAGCACAUCAGUUACUGUUACGGAGUCUCAACCUGUUAUUACAACCACUACUUCUACUGGAAGUACUACUCCAAUUACAACUCAAGAAACUAGUGUUACAACAUCAUCUGAAACAACCACCUUGUCCUCUACUGUGACGUCGACUGUUUCUUUGUCACCAUCAACAACAACAGUUUUAAGUACAGCUGCAACGUCUACAUCGGUGCCCUCAACCACUUCCCCUCAUGCAACUACAGAAUUUACAACACAGACUGUUAUUCCAUCUUCAACAAUCACACCAGUACUAACAACAGAAUCCACUCCAUUUCCAACAAGUACACCAACGCCAGGUGCUACUACCAUGUUCCAGAGCACAACCUCAACCAGUACACCUGCAGCAACAACAACAGAAACUACAAGUUCUCCAACAACUGAAAAGAGUACACCUUCAACUACAUUGACACCGAGUGUUGAGAGUACACAGUCAUCUACCAUAAAAUCCAGUAGUAUUACCUUACCAUCAACAACACCAUGUACAACAGAAGAGACUUCUGAGACAACAACCAUUUCAAGCACAACUACAACUCUAUCAACCACAACAUCUUCUGUCACAACAACUAAAUCUACAACAUUUACUGUCACUUCUAGCACAUCAGUUACUGUUACGGAGUCCCAGCCUGUUACUACAACCUUUGCUUCUACUGGAAGUACUACUCCAAUUACAACUGAAAAAACUAGUUUCUCAACAUCAUCUGAAAUAACCACCUUGUCCUCUACUGUGACCUCCACUGUUUCUUUGUCACCAUCAACAACAACAGUUUCAAAAUUUACAACACAGACUGUUAUUCCAUCUUCAACAAUCACACCAGUGCAAACAACAGAAUCCACUACACUUCCAAGAACAAGUACACCAACUCCAGGUGCUACUACCACAUUCCAGAGCACAACUUCAACCAGUACACCUGCAACAACAACAACAGAAACUACAAGUUCAACAACUGAAAAGAGUACGCCUUCAACUACAUUGACACCGAGUGUUGAGACUACACAGUCAUCUACCAUAAAAUCCAGUAGUAUUACCUUACCAUCAACAACACCAUGUACAACAGAAGAGACUCCUGAGACAACAACCGUUUCAAGCACAAGUACAACUGUUUCAACCACAACAUCUUCUGCCACAACAACUAAAUCUACAACAUUUACUGCUACUCCUUGCACAUCAGUUACUGUUACGGAGUCUCAACCUGUUAUUACAACCACUACUUCUACUGGAAGUACUACUCCAAUUACAACUCAAGAAACUAGUGUUACAACAUCAUCUGAAACAACCACCUUGUCCUCUACUGUGACCUCCACUGUUUCUUUGUCACCAUCAACAACAAUAGUGUCAAGUACAGCUGCAACAUCAACAUCGGUGCCCUCAACCAGUUCCCCUCAUGCAACUACAGAAUUUACAACACAGACUGUUAUUCCAUCUUCAACAAUCACACCAGUACUAACAACAGAAUCCACUCCUGUUCCAACAAGUACACCAACGCCAGGUGCUACUACCACGUUCCAGAGCACAACCUCAACCAGUACACCUGCAGCAACAACAACAGAAACUGCAAGUUCUCCAACAACUGAAAAGAGUACACCUUCAACUACAUUGACACCGAGUGUUGAGAGUACACAUUCAUCUACCAUAAAAUCCAGUAGUAUUGCCUUACCAUCAACAACACCAUGUACAACAGAAGAGACUUCUGAGACAACAACCAUUUCAAGCACAAGUACAACUGUUUCAACCACAACAUCUUCUGUCACAACAACUAAAUCUACAACAUUUACUGUCACUUCUAGCACAUCGGUUACUGUUACGGAGUCCCAGCCUGUUACUACAGCCUCUGCUUCUACUGGAAGUACUACUCCAAUUACAACUGAAAAAACUAGUUUCACAACAUCAUCUGAAAUAACCACCUUGUCCUCUACUGUGACUUCCACUGUUACUUUGUCACCAUCAACAACAACAGUUUCAAGUACAGCUACAACAUCAACAUUUGUGCCCUCAACCACUUCCUCUCAUGCAACUACAGAAUUUACAACACAGACUGUUAUUCCAUCUUCAACAAUCACACCAGUGCAAACAAUAGAAUCCACUACACUUCCAAGAACAAGUACACCAACUCCAGGUGCUACUACCACGUUCCAAAGCACAACCUCAACCAGUACACCUGCAGCAACAACAAUAGAAACUGCAAGUUUUCCAACAACUGAAAAGAGUACACCUUCAACUACAUUGACACCGAGUGUUGAGAGUACACAUUCAUCUACCAUAAAAUCUAGUAGUAUUGCCUUACCAUCAACAACACCAUGUACAACAGAAGAGACUUCUGAGACAACAACCAUUUCAAGCACAACAACAACACUAUCAACAACCACAACAUCUUCUGUCACAACAACUAAAUCUACAACAUUUACUGUCACUUCUAGCACAUCAGUUACUGUUACGGAGUCCCAGCCUGUUACUACAACCACUACUUCUACUGGAAGUACUACUCCAAUUACAACUGAAAAAAAUAGUUUCACAACAUCAUCUCAAAUAACUACCUUGUCCUCUACUGUGACCUCCACUGUUUCUUUGUCACCAUCAACAACAACAGUUUUAAGUACAGCUACAACAUCAACAUCAGUGCCCUCAACCACUUCCCCUCAUGUAACUACAGAAUUUACAACACAGACUGUUAUUGCAUCUUCAACAAUCAAACCAGUACAAACAACACAAUCCACUAGACUUCCAACAACAAGUACACCAACUCGAGGUGCUACUACCACGUUCCAAAGCACAACUUCAACCAGUACACCUGCAACAACAACAACAGAAACUACAAGUUCAACAACUGAAAAGAGUACGCCUUCAACUACAUUGACACCGAGUGUUGAGACUACACAGUCAUCUACCAUAAAAUCCAGUAGUAUUACCUUACCAUCAACAACACCAUGUACAACAGAAGAAACUCCUGAGACAACAACCGUUUCAAGCACAAGUACAACUGUUUCAACCACAACAUCUUCUGUCACAACAACUAAAUCUACAACAUUUACUACUACUCCUAGCACAUCAGUUACUGUUACGGAGUCUCAACCUGUUAUUACAACCACUACUUCUACUGGAAGUAGUACUUCAAUUACAACUCAAGAAACUAGUGUUACAACAUCAUCUGAAACAACCACCUUGUCCUCUACUGUGACACCGACUGUUUCUUUGCCACCAUCAACAACAACAGUUUUAAGUACAGCUGCAACAUCAACAUCAGUGCCCUCAACCAGUUCCCCUCAUGCAACUACAGAAUUUACAACACAGACUGUUAUUCCAUCUUCAACAAUCACACCAAUACUAACAACAGAAUCCACUCCAGUUCCAACAAGUACACCAACUCCAGGUGCUACUACCACGUUCCAAAGCACAACCUCAACCAGUACACCUGCAGCAACAACAACAGAAACUGCAAGUUCUCCAACAACUGAAAAGAGUACACCUUCAACUACAUUGACACCGAGUGUUGAGAGUACACAUUCAUCUACCAUAAAAUCCAGUAGUGUUGCCUUACCAUCAACAACACCAUGUACAACAGAAGAGACUUCUGAGACAACAACCAUUUCAAGCACAACGACAACACUAUCAACCACAACAUCUUCUGUCACAACAACUAAAUCUACAACAUUUACUGUCACUUCUAGCACAUCAGUUACUGUUACGGAGUCCCAGCCUGUUACUACAACCUUUGCUUCUACUGGAAGUACUACUCCAAUUACAACUGAAAAAACUAGUUUCUCAACAUCAUCUGAAAUAACCACCUUGUCCUCUACUGUGACCUCCACUGUUUCUUUGUCACCAUCAACAACAACAGUUUCAAGUACAGCUACAACAUCAACUUCAGUGCCCACAACCACUUCCCCUCAUGUAACUACAGAAUUUACAACACAGACUGUUAUUCCAUCUUCAACAAUCACACCAGUGCAAACAACAGAAUCCACUACACUUCCAAGAACAAGUACACCAACUCCAGGUGCUACUACCACAUUCCAGAGCACAACUUCAACCAGUACACCUGCAACAACAACAACAGAAACUACAAGUUCAACAACUGAAAAGAGUACGCCUUCAACUACAUUGACACCGAGUGUUGAGACUACACAGUCAUCUACCAUAAAAUCCAGUAGUAUUACCUUACCAUCAACAACACCAUGUACAACAGAAGAGACUCCUGAGACAACAACCGUUUCAAGCACAAGUACAACUGUUUCAACCACAACAUCUUCUGUCACAACAACUAAAUCUACAACAUUUACUACUACUCCUAGCACAUCAGUUACUGUUACGGAGUCUCAACCUGUUAUUACAACCACUACUUCUACUGGAAAUACUACUCCAAUUACAACUCAAGAAACUAGUGUUACAACAUCAUCUGAAACAACCACCUUGUCCUCUACUGUGACGUCGACUGUUUCUUUGUCACCAUCAACAACAGUUUUAAGUACAGCUGCAACAUCUACAUCAGUACCCUCAACCACUUCCCCUCAUGCAACUACAGAAUUUACAACACAGACUGUUAUUCCAUCUUCAACAAUCACACCAGUACUAACAACAGAAUCCACUCCUGUUCCAACAAGUACACCAACGCCAGGUGCUACUACCACGUUCCAGAGCACAACCUCAACCAGUACACCUGAAGCAACAACAACAGAAACUACAAGUUCUCCAACAACUGAAAAGAGUACGCCUUCAACUACAUUGACACCGAGUGUUGAGAGUACACAGUCAUCUACCAUAAAAUCCAGUAGUAUUACCUUACCAUCAACAACACCAUGUACAACAGAAGAGACUUCUGAGACAACAACCGUUUCAAGCACAACUACAACUCUAUCAACCACAACAUCUUCUGUCACAACAACUAAAUCUACAACAUUUACUGCUACUCCUAGCACAUCAGUUACUGUUACAGAGUCCCAACCUGUUACUACAACCUCUGCUUCUACUGGAAGUACUACUCCAAUUACAACUGAAAAAACUAGUUUCACAACAUCAUCUGAAAUAACCACCUUGUCCUCUACUGUGACCUCCACUGUUUCUUUGUCACCAUCAACAACAACAGUUUCAAGUACAGCUACAACAUCAACUUCGGUGCCCUCAUCCACUUCCCCUCAUGUAACUACAGAAUUUACAACACAGACUGUUAUUCCAUCUUCAACAAUCACACCAGUGCAAACAACAGAAUCCACUACACUUCCAAGAACAAGUACACCAACUCCAGGUGCUACUACCACAUUCCAGAGCACAACUUCAACCAGUACACCUGCAACAACAACAACAGAAACAACAAGUUCUCCAACAACUGAAAAGAGUACGCCUUCAACUACAUUGACACCGAGUGUUGAGACUACACAGUCAUCUACCAUAAAAUCCAGUAGUAUUACCUUACCAUCAACAACACCAUGUACAACAGAAGAGACUCCUGAGACAACAACCGUUUCAAGCACAAGUACAACUGUUUCAACCACAACAUCUUCUGUCACAACAACUAAAUCUACAACAAUUACUACUACUCCUAGCACAUCAGUUACUGUUACGGAGUCUCAACCUGUUAUUACAACCACUACUUCUACUGGAAGUACUACUCCAAUUACAACUCAAGAAACUAGUGUUACAACAUCAUCUGAAACAACCACCUUGUCCUCUACUGUGACACCGACUGUUUCUUUGUCACCAUCAACAACAACAGUUUUAAGUACAGCUGCAACAUCUACAUUGGUGCCCUCAACCACUUCCCCUCAUACAACUACAGAAUUUACAACACAGACUGUUAUUCCAUCUUCAACAAUCACACCAAUACUAUCAACAGAAUCCACUCUACUUCCAACAACAAGUACAUCAACUCCAGGUGCUACUUCCACAUUCCAGAGUACAACCUCAACCAGUACACCUGCAACAACAACAACAGAAACUACAAGUUCUCCAACAACUGAAAAGAGUACGCUUUCAACUACAUUGACACCGAGUGUUGAGACUACACAGUCAUCUACCAUAAAAUCCAGUAGUAUUACCUUACCAUCAACAACACCAGGUACAAUAGAAGAGACUUCUGAGACAACAACUGCUUCAAUCACAAGUACAACUCUAUCAACCACAUCAUCUUCUGUCACAACAACUAAAUCUACAACAUUUACUGCUACUCCUACCACAUCAGUUACUGUUACGGAGUCCCAACCUGUUACUACAACCUCUGCUUCUACUGGAAGUACUACUCCUAUUACAACUCAAAAAACUAGUUUCACAACAUCAUCUGAAAUAACCACCUUGUCCUCUACUGUGACUUCCACUGUUUCUUUGUCACCAUCAACAACAGUUUCAAGUACAACUACAACAUCAACAUCGGUGCCCUCAACCACUUCUCCUCAUGCAACUACAGAAUUUACAACACAGACUGUUAUUCCAUCUUCAACAAUCACACCAGUACAAACAACAGAAUCCACUACACUUCCAACAACAAGUACACCAACUCCAGGUGCUAGUACCACGUUCCAGAGCACAACCUCAACCAGUACACCUGCAGCAACAACAACAGAAACUACAAGUUCUCCAACAACUGAAAAGAGUACGCCUUCAACUACAUUGACACCGAGUGUUGAGAGUACACAGUCAUCUACCAUAAAAUCCAGUAGUAUUACCUUACCAUCAACAACACCAUGUACAACAGAAGAGACUCCUGAGACAACAACCAUUUCAAGCACAACUACAACUCUAUCAACGACAACAUCUUCUGUCACAACAACUAAAUCUACAACAUUUACUGCUACUCCUAGCACAUCAGUUACUGUUACGGAGUCCCCACCUGUUACUACAACCUCUGCUUCUACUGGAAGUACUACUCCAAUUACAACUGAAAAAACUAGUUUCACAACAUCAUCUGAAAUAACCACCUUGUCCUCUACUGUGACCUCCACUGUUUCUUUGUCACCAUCAACAACAACAGUUUCAAGUACAGCUACAACAUCAACAUCGGUGCCCUCAACCACGUCCUCUCAUGCAACUACAGAAUUUACAACACAGACUGUUAUUCCAUCUUCAACAAUCACACCAAUACUAUCAACAGAAUCCACUCCACUUCCAACAACAAGUACACCAACUCCAGGUGCUACUUCCACGUUCCAGAGUACAACCUCUACCAGUACACCUGCAACAACAACAACAGAAACUACAAGUUCUCCAACAACUGAAAAGAGUACGCCUUCAACUACAUUGACACCGAGUGUUGAGACUACACAGUCAUCUACCAUAAAAUCCAGUAGUAUUACCUUACCAUCAACAACACUAUGUACAACAGAAGAGACUCCUGAGACAACAACCGUUUCAAGCACAAGUACAACUGUUUCAACCACAACAUCUUCUGUCACAACAACUAAAUCUACAACAUUUACUGCUACUCCUAGCAUAUCAGUUACUGUUACGGAGUCUCAACCUGUUACUACAACCUCUACUUUUGCUGGAAGUACUACUCCAAUUACAACUCAAGAAACUAGUGUUACAACAUCAUCUGAAACAACCACCUUGUCCUCUACUGUGACCUCCACUGUUUCUUUGUCACCAUCAACAACAACAGUUUUAAGUACAGCUGCAACAUCAACAUCGGUGCCCUCAACCACUUCCCCUCAUGCAACUACAGAAUUUACAACACAGACUGUUAUUCCAUCUUCAACAAUCACACCAAUACUAACAACAGAAUCCACACCAGUUCCAACCAGUACACCAACUCCCGGUGCUACUACCCCGUUGCAGACCACAACCUCAACCAGUAGACCUGCAGCAACAACAACAGAAACUACAAGUUCUCCAACAACUGAAAAGAGUACGCCUUCAACUACAUUGACACUGACUGUUGAGACUACACAGUCAUCUACCAUAAAAUCCAGUAGUAUUACCUUACCAUCAACAACACCAUGUACAACAGAAGAGACUUCUGAGACAACAACCGUUUCAAGCACAACUACAACUCUAUCAACCACAACAUCUUCUGUCACAACAACUAAAUCUACAACAUUUACUGCUACUCCUAGCACAUCAGUUACUGUUACGGAGUCCCAACCUGUUACUACAACCUCUGCUUCUACUGGAAGUACUACUCCAAUUACAACUGAAAAAACUAGUUUCACAACAUCAUCUGAAAUAACCACCUUGUCCUCUACUGUGACCUCCACUGUUUCUUUGUCACCAUCAACAACAACAGUUUCAAGUACAGCUACAAGAUCAACAUUGGUGCCCUCAACCACUUCCGCUCCUGCAACUACAGAACUUAGAACAAAGACUGUUAUUCCAUCUUCAACAAUCACACCAAUAUUAUCAACUGAAUCCACUCCACUUCCAGCAACAAGUACAGCAACUCCAGGCACUACUACCAUUACUCAGAGAACAAUUUCAACCAGCACACCAGCAACCACAAGCUUAACUUCUGCAACUAUUUCAAGAACUGAAAAACGUACCCUUUUUUCUACAUUGUCAACCAGUGUUGUCACCUCACCUACAACUCCAACUGGAGCUAUAGCAUCAGCAUCGACACCCUUGUCUUCCACAACUAUUCAGCCUACCACUGCUGGUAUUACAUCUACAACUUUUCAUGUUAUUACCCUUGCGCCUAGUACCUCUCAGCCCUCAACAGGAAAGCAGGAAUACUCCACUCCUUGUGUUUGCAUUGUUAAUAGAAAACCUAUUCUUCCAGCUUCAGAUGAAACUGUGCCAAGACCUAUAAUUGCCAUAAUCUCUACAAUAAAUGAUGAUAAUUUAUUUGCAGCAGAAACAGGAAAGGACCAAUCAGUUGUAAAAGAAUGUACAACAAUUCUGAUUUAUGCAGAACUUCAAAUUAUGUAUAAUGAAACCUGGAUAUGGUGUAACUGUACAGAAGCAACCUGUGUGGGAAAUAAUAUGGUUGCAAUUAAGCCAAUAGUUUGUCCUACACAAAAACCAAUUAAAUGUGCAAAUAAUCGGCCACCUGUACAGGUGUGGGAUGAACACCACUGCUGCUGGCACUGGGAAUGUGAUUGCUACUGCAGUGCCUGGGGAGAUCCACAUUACAUAACCUUUGAUGGGCUGUAUUACUCCUACCAAGGAAACUGCACAUACACUCUGGUUGAAGAGAUUGAAAAACGAAUUGAUGACUUUGGCAUUUAUGUUGAUAAUGUAUUUUCUGUUCCUGGAGAUGACGUGUCCUGUCCUCGUGCUAUCAUUGUCAGAUAUCAUGGUCUGACCAUACUCCUGAAGAAUACGGCCACUAAUACUAUUAGAAAUAAGGUAUUUGUCAAUGACAAACUUAUUGCCCUGCCAUAUUCACGCUAUGGAGUACAGAUCUCUGGUAUUGGAAUCAACAUAGUGCUUGAGAUUCCUUCAAAGAAGAUUGUUGUCACUUUUAGUGGAUUAGCCUUCACAAUCCAUUUGGCGUAUGAGUACUUUGGUGGAAAUACCUGGGGACAGUGUGGUACAUGCACCAAUAACCAGGCAGAUGACUGUCUACUACCAGAUAAUACAAACUCAUCUUGUGAACACAUGGCUGAGCAAUGGAUGGUAUUCAACCCAGAAAAACCACAGUGUGUACUGCAUACUGGUGCCACAGUAGUGCCUUCACCUAAACCAACAGUGGCAGAAAAUCCAUACUGUGGUCGUUCACCAAUCUGUGAUCUCCUUUACAGCAACGUUUUUGAACAAUGCCACCAUUACUUGCCUCCGGAUAAUUACUUCAAAGGCUGUAUGUUUGACUUUUGCCAUAUGCCCAACACAUCCAUCGAGUGCAGUACAUUACAGAACUAUGCGGCCCUUUGCAAUCAGCAGGGUAUAUGCAUUGAUUGGAGGAACUUUACAAAUGGCACAUGCGAUUAUAAAUGUCCUAAAACCAUGGUAUAUAGACCAUGCAACCCUGCUGAUGAACCAACAUGCAAGACAAGCAGUGAUAUAGACCUUUUGCCUCAUGGACCUAUGGUGGAAGGAUGCUUCUGUCCUAAUGGAACCAUGCAACUUGCUCCUGGACUAGAGAUAUGCGUAGAGAGAUGUGGUUGUCUUGGCCCAGAUGGUAUUCCAAGAGAGUAUGGUGAGACCUUUCAGUUUAAGUGUGAGGACUGCAUCUGUGAGGAAGGAACUGAUGGUUUUGUUCUCUGCAACCCUCAUCCCUGUCCAGUACAACCUGCAACACAAUGCGAAGAAAAUGGCUAUAUGUCAGUCAAACAGAGUAGCCCAUGGGAUUUCUGCUGUGAAGAAACAGUUUGCAGUAAGUCAAUAAGUGUUGCAUUUGUUAAAGAAACAAUAUAA